UAGGGCUAGAUGGGAGUAUUGGAGUGGGGCAUCUAGGCCUUGGAAGAGGUACCUACCUCAUAGUAAGAACGCAAAGACUUUCUUAGCUUGCAUCCACCUACGUCAUACACUUCUAUUCCGCAUCAACCAUUCAAUCUUGGACUUUUUUUCUUUUUUUUUUCUCAGCAGCAGCAGCAGCAGCAGCAGCAGCAGCUGAAAGAGACAAACGCGUUUGGAAAUAUGAUGUAAACUUGUUCGGUCUGGCUAAAAGACAGGUCUUGUUUUAAGAGUUUAGUAGUACUAUUAGAAGGUCUAACUCAUCUAUAAUCUAGCUUCUAGUCCUCCCAUUCUUCCCUUGCUCCUCUUCGUAAUUCCUAAUCAUUCGUAUAAGAGGUUUCUUAUACUACUGCUGUUCUCUAGUUGGCGGAAUGAACGAGGGGUGGGAAGCAACUCAUUCACUAUUUCUCAUAUGGUUAACAAUUACUAUUAUCCCUCCCCCUUAAAGAGAACCUUGAAGAUACCUAAGCUAUCCCAUGCGUCAUAUACCCUUCUCCUCCCUGUAAUACCUAUAUAGAUCCCGCACACCAUGGCUUCCGAGCAGGAACACCACUACCCGGGCGGCCACUACUCUGGGCUCAACCGGGUCCCCAACAUAAAACAAUUCGUCGCCUCUCUUGACCGGGACAAGAAGGAGCGAGACGCCAAAAUCGACGCCCAGUCCAAGACGAACAGGAAGAAUGGGGAUAUCCAAGACCACCUCCAGAGCGACGUCGAGCAGUAUAGGGGGAAGGGCAGGGUGGUUACGGAUCCCGUCACCGGUAACAAAGUCACUAUCGACGACGUCAACACCGAUUUCAUGAAGGCCGUGCAGGAUCCUCAGCUUUCAGUACCAAACUCAAACCUGGGCAAGGAUACGACGGUAAAAACAGACGCAACGCAGUCGGGAGAAGAAUACAGGAAAGCCCAGGACAUAACAGCGCCUCCGGACCCGGUAGCUACGGGGGCCACCUCGGACGUGCCGAUCCACGGGGAGAAGACCAAUAUCCUCUUCCACCCGACGCCGUCUGUGAGCUACGAGCCGAUGUUCGCCGUUAUAGAGCAGCGGGCGACGGUGCUGUGUAUCGGCAUCUUCUUCAGCAUUAUCUUCACAGGCAAGUUCUUCGGAGGCAGGCUGCUGGGUUUGAUCCCCCUGGCUAUCUGCGUGGCUUCCGGCACUUUCCUAUGGAUGAAGGACUUGGUCCGGCGGGGCCGGGAUAUCGAGUGGUCGAGCGAGCAGAAGCGCGGCGAAACGGCCGUCGCGAACUUGAUCCCCGAGUCCGUCGAGUGGAUGAAUACUCUGCUCGGCAUUAUCUGGGGUUUGAUCAACCCGGAUAUGUUCGCCGCUGUAGCCGACACGCUUGAAGACGUCAUGCAAGCUUCCGUACCGGGCAUCAUCGAGAACGUCAAGGUGGCCGAUAUCAACCAGGGCAACAACCCGAUUCGGAUCCUAAGCCUGCGAGCCCUUCCGGAUAACCACAUGAAGGAGAUCAAGGACGAGAUGCAUAAGGAGAACGAAAAGGUCAAGGAUCCGCACGAGCUCGCCGCUGACGAGGAGGGCGGCGAUUACUACAAUUUGGAAGCCUCCUUUGCUUACCACGCCAAACCUACAACCGGUAAUGUAUCGGCAAAGGCUCAGAAUAUGGGCAUGCAGUUGGUUUUCUACCUUGGUAUCAAGGGAUUAUUCGGUAUCCCCCUUCCUAUCUGGGUCGAAUUGACGGGAUUGGUGGGAACCGUACGACUAAGACUCCAGAUGGCUCCCGAGCCGCCGUUCCUUAAGACCGUCACAAUCACGCUUAUGGGAGUCCCUAAAGUCGAAGCCGGAUGUACCCCGAUGAUCGAGCGCGGAGUCAACAUUCUAAACCUACCGGUGAUUUCUAACUUCGUCAACUGGGCCAUCAAAGCCGCUGCUAGCAUGUACGUCGCGCCGAAGUCUCUCACUCUCGACCUCGCCAAGAUGCUUUCCGGAGACGACAUCCAGAAGGAAACCCAGGCUUUGGGUAUACUGUUCAUCCGCAUCCACAAGGCUGUUGGUCUGUCGAAGCAGGACCGUCGGGGCUCCGAGGGCGGUGGAUCCGACCCCUAUAUCACCGUCAGCUUCUCCAAGUUCGGUAAGCCUAUGUACUGUACCCGUGUCAUCCAAGACGACCUCAACCCCAUUUUCGAGGAGAGCUGCGCACUAUCCGUGACCCCCGACCUCAUCAAAGCGGAUGAGCAGCUAUCGAUGGAACUUUGGGAUAGCGAUCGUUCCAGUGCCGACGAUGUAGUCGGAAAAGUCGAGCUCUCGCUGCAGAAGCUGAUCCAGCACCCCGGAAAGAUGUACCAGCAAGUUUCUAAACUGCGUGGCGUCAAGGCUGAGAGCAGUAUGCCGGGCGAGCUGCAUUGGGAAGUGGGCUAUUUCACCAAGACGGAGUUCCGGCCCAGCUUGCGUACAGACGGCAAGGACAUCACCCUACCGAAGGAGAUUCGCGACAAAAAGGAACUACAAGACGAGUCGGGCACCAUCCAAAAUGAAGAGGAAGACGCCGUCGUGCACACGCCUCCGGACCCGCUAUGGCCCUCCGGUAUCCUCAGCAUCGUCGUCCACCAGAUCGUCAACCUCGAGCUGGCCAACGUCAAGGGCUCGGAGGGCGGGAAGAGGAAAGGGCCGAAGGAAUACGAGCCGGCGCGGGACGCGGGCGAGAUCAAGGAGGAGUCGAGCAAGAAGCUGCCGAGCGCGUACUGCACCAUGUUGCUCAACGACGAACUGGUCUACAAGACUCGCACGAAAGUGGUCUCCUCCAAGCCCAUCUUCAACGCCGGUACCGAGCGAUUCGUUAGGGAUUGGAGGUCCGCGAUCGUUACAGUUACCGUGCGCGACUCGCGUAAUAGGCAGCACGAUCCUAUCAUCGGUGUUGUUCCUUUGAAGAUCUCUGACCUUAUGCAGACGAGGAGCCAGGUCACGCGAUGGUACCCAUUGGACGGUGGAAUCGGCUUUGGAAGAAUUCGCAUCUCUCUGCUAUUCCGAUCCGUCGGGCUGAAACUCCCACCUUCACAACUGGGUUGGGAUGUCGGCACGUUCGAAUUCACCUCGGACCAGAUCACUUCGACCUUCACCGGUUCAGGCAAGGGCAAAGUAAAGCUAAAGCUACGAACGGGAGGCAGUUCCGCAACAGUCAAGCGAGAGCAAUGCUCGGCAGAAGGCGACGUCCUGAACUGGGACAUCAGCGGCGCGACCAACAACCCGCGCCCCCGUCUCCCCGUGCGAUACCGCUACCGGUCGCCCGUCUUCUUCGAGUUCCACCAGCCCGGGAAGCGGCACGCGGAACACUUCGCGGCGGUGUGGCUGCAGGAGCUGGUCGACAGCGAAGAGGGGGACUUCGACAUCCCCGUGUGGAGGUGCAACAACGCGACGCGGCUGGCGCAGAACUACAUCACGCAGGACAACUUCCGGGCGGUGCCAGACCUCCAGAUCGAAGAGGUCGGCAGGUUGCGGUUCCGCGGCCGCUUCAAGGCCGGUACCGACCGCGACCACCUGCGCUUCGUCAGCGACAACGACUCCCGCGAGACCAUCGAGACCUGGGAGGCUUGCUUCGCCGAGGGCGUGCGCAAGGAGGAGGUCACCAAGGAGCUCCCGCCCACCGUGCAGAAGCUCCACGAGGAGUCCCUGACCAAGACUCGCGACGUCCUCGCCGCGGCCCCCGAGAAAGAGCGCCGGAAGUGGCUCGCGCGGGACGGCACGGACUGGACCGGGGCCUUUGGCCAGGAUCCCGCGGAUAUCAUGACGGGCCGCGAGGGCCGCGACGAGUCGGAAUACGAAACGGACGCGGACUCGGAAGACAUCCCGGACAUCCAAGACACCACGGACGAGCCCACGCCCAUGCCCCUCUCCCACGACCCCGCGGCAACCGCCGAGCCCGACCAAAGCAAAGACGAGCUCGGCGUGCAAGACGCGACCACCGCGCCCCCCCGCGCAAGCAACGACGACGCCGAUGCUCCCGGCCGACCGAGCACGAGCGACGGCAGCAGCAGCGCAGGCACCACCUCUACAUCGUCGACGCACAGCCGAGCCAGUAGUCUGAACCCGAUCGCGCAGUACAAGAGCUACAAGGAGCGCAGCCGGGACCUGCACCGGCAGCACCGGGGGCUGAUGCAGUGGCGGCCGCUGCGGAACGCGCAGUUCGCCAAGGACGAGGCCAAGUUCGCGGUUAGGAGGGUUACGCGGAUGGGCGCGCUGAGCGGGAGGCAGCCGGAUGUUGAGACGGAGGUGUAGGUAUGGAUGUAGGUGUAGGUGUAAGAAGAGGUUGGGUUUAGUUUUUCUUUGUGAUAUUGGGGGGGGUUGUGGGUUAGGCAAUAUAGGCGAAGGCUUAGGCAUGGAAAGGAGAUGGCAUUUCAGGGAGGAUGUAUCAAUAAUGUGUCGUGUCGUGUUAGAGGUACUUGACACAUGUUUGAGUUUAUAGCAUGAGACACGAAAUCGAA